AUGAGUCAUGACACAUGGCAUUCAGGCAAGAAGAGAUCUGCCAAAUGCCUUUCUCCCCUUCCUUCUUCUUACCAGUCGGUGAGAAUUUUGCGGACGUUGAGAGACUUUCACAAUUCACACACACGCACAGACUCCUGCUUGCAAGGUGCGACAGAUUCUUGUCAGUAUGGAACCACUGGCAUGCCAAUUACUUCAAAACCUGGUUUCAAGGAAGAGUGUACUGAGCACCCGACGCCGAUCCGUUCUUGGGCUGCAGAGGGAGGAUUUAGCAGAACAUGCCAGUUUGGAAGGAGCGACGUUUGA